GCAGAAAAAUGUAGCUGAAGAAAAAGCAUAAGUGGAAUAGUCGCAGACUUAAUGGCAGAAUCUCAGGUGUAUACAUUUAAGGACGAAAAGCCAGUUCCUGACAUUGUUCUUGAAUACCCUGCAUCUCUGAGACAAAACAAAAUUCCAAUUGUUAUUGACAAUGGAUCCUAUCAGUGCCGUGCAGGAUGGGCAAACAAACCCGAACCAGACUUAAUGUUUAGGAACAUAACGGCAAAACAGCGAGGCAAGAAGGAAUCGGAUCUUCAAGUUGGCAACGACAUUGCAAACAUUGAAAUUGUUCGGUGGGUACUUCGGACACAGUUUGACAGAAAUGUUAUAACACUUCUUGAUGUGCAGGAGCAGGUCUUUGAUUACAUAUUCACCCACCUUGGAAUUAAUUCUGAUGGAUGUGUCGACCAUCCUGUUGUGCUCACUGAACCAGUCUGUAAUCCAAAUUAUUGUCGCCAACAAAUGACUGAAAUGCUGUUUGAGUGUUACCACAUUCCCCAGGUUGUGUAUGGAGUAGACUCGCUGUUCAGUUUUUACUACAACCACCCUCAAGCAGCUACUGGUGAUGCAUUGAUUGUUGACUGCGGUUACCAGACAACUCACAUUCUUCCAUAUCUGAAUGGACGCCUAGAUUCAGCCAAUUGUCGCAGACUGAACCUGGGAGGCAUUCAUGUAGAUUCCUUCUUGCAGAGGAUAUUGCAGCUCAAGUAUCCUGGGCACUUUGCCCAGAUAAGUUUAACUAGAGCUGAGGAAAUGAUCCAAGAACACUCAUACCUGGCAGUUGACUACCUGUCUGAGCUUGAAGACUGGCUCAGUCCAGAAGUCUUUGAAGCUCAUGUCCGCAAGAUACAGCUUCCUUACAAUAACCUGCCGGGAAGUCAGGUGAGCGCGGAACAGCAGAAAGAGAGACGACAGCAGCAGAUCACACGACUGAAGGAGGUGAACGCUAAACGCAGACUACAGAAGGUUCAGGAGGAGGAGAAGCAGCUACAGCAGCUGGUCAAUGUCCAGGAGAUGCUGGUCGACGGCGACGAGGACUCGUUCACUAAAGCCAUGUACAAUGUGGGUGUGAAGACGGCCGAAGAGCUUCAACUCACCAUCAACAAGUUGACGGUCAGCAUUCAGCGAGCCAAUGCCAAAAUCCUCGGCAUAGAACCUCCACCUGAGGAACCCGAGAUCAAAGAGCCUAUAUUUGACUUGCUGGAUAUUCCCGAUGAGAUGUUGACCACUGCACAGCUAGCCAUGAAGAAACGUCAGCGGAUAUUGAAGAGUGCUCGCGACGGCCGAGCAAGAGCUCAGGCUCUGCAGCGUGCUAAAAGGCAGAAGGAACUUGAAGAUGAGAAAAGAUUGGAAGAAAAGAGGCUUAACAAUUUUCAAGAAUGGUUGAACGAGGUCCGGCAGAAACGGCAGCAAAUUGUUGACGCUCGAAACAAAAGAAGACAGAGGAAAGCAGACAUGGCAAAGAGACGAACGUACGCCUCCCAGCAGAGAAUGAAGAUCAUCUCCCAGUUGGCUCAGAAUUCGAAGAAGUCAAAGAAAGAAGAUACUUUUGGAAAGAAUGAUGCAGACUGGGAUGUGUACAAAUCAAUUAAUACUGAAAUGGGAACCAGUGAUUCUGAAGCUGAAGAGGAGAGACUUGAAGAGAUUGACAACAUGCUUCGCGAGCACGACCCAGAGUUUCAGAGGGAGUUGGACUUUGGUGCUGUACCAGGGGGAGAAUUUAACAUUGCUGAAUACUACCGACUAUACCUGGCUGUCGAGAGAAUCAGAGCUCCCGAGCUUCUGUUCCAGCCGGCAAUGAUUGGCAUGGAGCAGGCAGGAAUUGCUGAAACAAUCAACUUCAUCUUGAAGAAAUACAAGCCAGACAUCCAGAAUAAACUUGUUGGGAAUGUGUUUCUGACUGGUGGGUGUGCCAGGAUUCCACAUUUCAAAGACAGAAUGGAAAAAGAACUUCUUGAAAUGAGACCAUUCCAAUCAACAUAUUCAGUUUCCAUAGCAAAGAACCCUAGUCUGGAUGCCUGGUAUGGAGCAAGGAAGUUUGCUCUAUCCCCACAGCUGACAGCCUAUUGCAUGACAAGGGCAGACUACACAGAAAUGGGGGAGGGGUAUUUCAGAGAGCACUGUGCCUCCAACAGAUUUUAUCCCACACCAGUGCUAGCACCAAAAGAGUGAUUCAAUUUGUACAGUAAAAACAUACUCUUUUUA